GUAGCUAAUUUGUAUUUCCAUUCCCAUCGAUCAUUCCCCAAAAAUGGAAAGGAUACCAAAUCCACGAAGCUGCAGCGCAGUUUCUCUCCAUAAGCCGUGGAACUAACUACAAAUUCCCCGCUCACACCCCGCCAAAAAAUCGGACUUUCCUUUUUGACCCCGACUCCCGACGGCAGAGCUAAGAGCUUCACUCCAUUAUAAUCAAUUCCCACUUCCGUCGCCCCAAAAUCCACCACCAGAAAAUCAAACAGUUUGGGAAUUACAAUGGCAACCACCGCCGCCACCGCAGCCAAUUCGCCGACUAAGAGGUCAUCUUCGGGCAAAGGAUUCAAAUUCAGCCUUCCCCUGCUCCGCUCCAUCCACAUCAACAAGUCCAAACCCAAUUCCUCCCCCGCCGCCGCCGCCGCCUCCCCUCUUUCUUCGCCUUCCGCAGCGGGGCGGAGCAAGGAGGCGGAUCUGCUGCGGGUGUUUCGCCACUUCGACAGCGACGGGGACGGCAGGAUUUCAGGGGAGGAGCUGGGGAUGUACUUCGCGUCGACGACAGGGGAGGCGAUGUCGAAGGAGGACGCGGAAAAGGUGAUUGGGGAGUUCGACGGCGACGGCGACGGGAUGCUGGAGUUCGGGGAAUUUGUUCGGAUGGUCGACGGCGACGGCAAGGAUCUCGACGGCGACCUGCGGCGGGCGUUUGAGAUGUUCGAGGAGGAUAAGGGGGAAGGGUGUAUUACGCCGCGUGGGUUGCAGAGGAUGUUGGUCCGGUUGGGUGAUCGGAAGUCGGUAGAUGAGUGCUCGGCGAUGAUCCGGCCGUUUGAUUUGGACGGGAACGGCGUGCUGGAUUAUCAGGAGUUUCAGCGGAUGAUGAACUGAGAGAGAAAAGAACUAAUCAUGAUUUAGCUAAUAAAGGGUUUGGCGUUUGGUUUAGUGGUGGAUUGAUGGCAUCAAUUGAAUGUAACUAUUACCAGUUACGUUUGCCACAACAUUGUGAUGUUGUUCUUUAUUUAAUGGGUGGUUUUGGAUUGAGUAUUUGCAGUGAUGGCAAUGUGGUGCCACGGGUCCUCAAUACCUAUAUCAGGCCCGCACCAAGUGUGUCUUAGGCGAGUAAUAUCCGCGAGUGGGUGGCGGGGUAGGUCGACUCAUUUUUAUAUGUUAUUUGAGCAAAUAUAUGUAAAAUUUAUUUUCACGAUUAAGCGAAGAAAAACACUUUAUAAAA